AUUUGAAUGAUUGAUUACUAGCUAACACACAGUAUCGCCAACAAGACUCCCGCCUGCUGUACUAAUAACCAGUAAACAGUGUCCUUCUCCGACAGCGCAAUUUUUUCGCCCUGUUCGGUUAUCGAAGGCAGGUGCUUGAAGUAUGUUUUUUAAGAUUUCGCGCACAAGAGCAAUAUAUGCACCAGUAAUGUUCAAUUGGUUUGAGUAGCUAAUCCUAGCCUCUGACUCAUAAGUACCCGGGACCAUUUCACUUUCACGCCUACAUCUGAAAGAGACAUGAUGAGAGACAUUGCAUGAGAUUAAGAGGAUCUGCUUGAAUAAAGGAACUGUACUAUCUGAGAAUGCAGAGGAUGAGAGAGAAGACUGACAAGAUGGAGGAGAACAAAGCCACGAGGAAGCUGCGGGUGUGCGUGGCGACGUGUAACCGGGCGGACUACUCCAAGCUGGCGCCCAUCAUGUUUGGCAUCAAGGCCAACCCUGAUGAGUUUGAGCUGGAGGUGGUGGUGCUGGGAUCCCAUCUCAUUGAUGAUUAUGGCAACACGUUCCGGAUGAUCGAGCAGGAUGACUUUGACAUCGGCUCCAAGCUGCACACCAUCGUGCGUGGGGAGGACGAGGCAGCCAUGGUGGAGUCAGUGGGUCUGGCGCUGGUCAAGCUGCCAGAUGUCCUCCACCGCCUCCGCCCCGACGUUCUGGUCGUCCACGGAGACCGCUUCGAUGCCCUCGCCCUGGCAACGGCUGCCGCCCUGAUGAACAUUCGCAUCCUGCACCUGGAGGGAGGAGAGGUGAGUGGCACCAUCGACGACUCCAUCCGCCACGCCAUCUCCAAGCUGGCCCACUACCACGCCUGCUGCACCCGCACCGCCGAACAGCACCUCAUCGCCAUGUGUGAGGACCACACUCGCAUCCUGUUGGCCGGCUGCCCCUCCUAUGACAAGCUGCUGGCCGCCCAUCACCGUGACGACUACAUGGACAUCAUCAGGAACUGGCUCGGAGACAAUGUGAAGGAGCACGACUACAUCGUGGCCCUGCAGCACCCGGUCACCACCGACAUCAAGAACUCCAUCAAGAUCUACGAGCUGAUGUUGGACGCCCUCAUCUCCUUCAACAAGAAAACACUCGUCCUCUUCCCCAACAUAGACGCAGGAAGUAAGGAGAUGGUGCGCGUGAUGAGGAAGAAGGGCGUGGAGCAGCACCCUAACUUCCGGGCGGUGAAGCACGUGCCGUUCGAGCAGUUCAUCCAGCUGGUGUGUCACGCUGGGGCCAUGAUCGGCAACAGCAGCUGUGGUGUCCGAGAGGCCGGGGCCUUCGGGACCCCCGUCAUCAACCUGGGGUCCAGGCAGACUGGGAGAGAGACUGGUGAAAACGUCCUCCAUGUCCGUGACGCAGACACUCAGAAUAAGAUCUACCAUGCCCUGGAGCUGCAGUUUGGGAAGAGAUACCCCUGCUCGAAGAUCUACGGCGACGGGAACGCGGUGCCUCGCAUCCUGAAGUUCCUGCAGACCAUCGACCUUGAUGAGCCGCUGCAGAAGACCUUCUGCUUCCCCCCCGUCAAGGAGUGGGACAUCUCCCAGGACAUCGACCACAUCCUGGAGACUCAGAGCGCCCUAGCCGUCGACCUGGGGGGGACCAACCUCCGCGUGGCCAUCGUCAGCAUGAGGGGUAAGAUAGUGAAGAAGUACACCCAGGCGAACCCCAAAACCUACGAGACGAGGAUGGAGCUGAUACUGAAGAUGUGUAUGGAGGCAGUCAUUGAUGCUGUCCAUCUCAACUGCCGGAUUCUGGGAGUGGGUGUGUCGACAGGAGGCAGAGUGAACCCCCAGGAGGGUGUGAUCCUCCACUCCACCAAGCUGAUCCAGGAGUGGAGCUCCAUCGACAUCCGCACCCCCAUCUCUGACGCCCUCCACCUGCCCGUCUGGGUCGAUAACGACGGCAACUGUGCCGCCCUGGCAGAGAAGAAGUUUGGCCACGGUAAAGGAGUGGAGAACUUUGUCACCAUCAUCACUGGAACAGGCAUCGGCGGGGGCAUCAUCCAGCACAACGAGCUGAUCCACGGCAGUACGUUCUGCGCGGCUGAGCUUGGCCACAUUAUGGUGUCUCUGGACGGGCCGGAGUGCAUGUGUGGCAGCCGUGGCUGCAUCGAGGCCUACGCGUCAGGCAUGGCCCUGCAGAAAGAAGCCAAGAGGCUCCAUGACGAGGAACUGCUGGAGGUGGAAGGGAUGGUGGAUCUGAAGAAGGCGGAGUCCGUCAGCGCCAUCCACCUCAUCAACGCAGCCCGCCUGGGCAACCACAAGGCUGAAGCCGUCCUCAGAACAGCUGGCAUGGCCCUUGGAGUGGGCAUCAUCAACAUCCUCCACAUGGUCAACCCCUCCCUGGUCAUCCUGUCGGGGGUGCUGGCCGCCCACUACCAGGCUCCUGUCCAGCAGGUCAUAGGUCAGAGAGCCCUCACCUCCGCCCAGAGCAUCCAGGUCCUGACAUCCGACCUCGAAGAGCCCGCCCUGCUGGGGGCCGCUAGCAUGGUGCUGGACUACACAACCAGGCGCAUCUAUUAACAACAUUAUGGUGCUGGACUACACAACCAGGCGCAUCUAUUAACAACAUUACGGUGCUGGACUACACAACCAGGCGCAUCUAUUAACAACAUUACGGUGCAGGACUACACAACCAGGCGCAUCUAUUAACAACAUUACGGUGCUGGACUACACAACCAGACACAUCUAUUAAGAACGUUGGUCAGUUGCCAAGUUCUAGUUUUCAUUUCAUUGGUCCCCAAAGGAGGGCCAUAUCUUGCAGUUCCCUGGUGUAGAAAGAUGAACUUGCUAUUAGCAAAUAGAAAUGGCUAAGAUAGAAGGUAGGAUCUACAGAUAGAGCCGCCCAAUAGGACCGACAUCAAUACUACUGUCCCAGAUGGGACAAUCUGACAUGCUCUUCAAGCUAUCGCACCUUCUAUUGGACGAACCAUUGGCGAUAAUUUAUUUCAGUUAGACAAUGACAAGUUGUGUAUUUUCCAAAGAUUUCUUCAGUGAUACUAACUGUCAACAUAAUAUCAUUUCUACAGCGGAUGAAAUGCCUAAUACAGUACUUAAAUGGUAGUACUAUAAAUGAGUGCUGAAAUAGUAGUACUGUUAACUACAGUACUGAAAUAGGGUGUGUCUGAAUACAUAUAACAGCCGAUACAGUCAUAAGUACAGCCACCGUACCAGUGAAGGGCUGGGUGUGUCCAGACAAAAGAUGUGACCAAAUGAUCAUUCGCAUUCAAUUAUGCUUGUACUACAUGGCCAUAUUUUGACCCUCGUAAUUCCAUGUUUUUUUUGUUACUUCUUAAUUCUAAACGUACAAGAUUUUUUUUUUAAGCCACGCUAUGAAGCAUUAACAAUAUAUGUAUUUUAUCUUACCGAGCUGUAAGAUCUUUGCGCCGCCAAUCUUAUUUUGAACCAGUUCUGCAACCCUGCAUGACUAACCCAAGGCCUACCCUCUCUAGGACCACCAUGACUACCUACCCUCAAAUGUAGCGCCAAGGCCAUGUACGGCAUAGUUGUCUUGACUGUGCUGCCAGAUCAUGUCUUCGUUAUCAUUCUUUUGUUUUAUGCACACCUUUUUUAUGCCUGUCAUAUUUCAAGAGAUUACGGUAUGCAAAUCAACCAUGUGAUAAUCCCGUUUAGUGUAUUCCUGUUUUUGAUCAUGUCACGGAUAAAGUUUUUGAUUGUACUUUUGUGACCUAUCAAUUGCAAUGGUCAUUUUUACAUUAAACACACUAGAAAAUG